UUUGGUAUCGUCCGGGAGCCCCUCGCACCCCAGGCUGAGCGGGCGGUGUGUGGGGUGUCCCCUGAGGAGCCCGGGGCGCCCCGAUGGCGGUCGGGGCGCGAGGAGGGUCCUUGGGUUGGGUUUGCGUAUUUUUCAAUCCCGAGCGUUCUGUGUAUUUCUUCCCCGGUCCGAACAGUGAGUGACAUUUGCUCCACAGCUUCAUCGCACCUUCGUGUCUGGUGCCGUCCCAUACUUCGUUUCUUGCCUCAACUUUCUCUUCUCUUUUUGUCUUAAUUAUUUUAUUUUUUUUAGCCAAUCCUCAAACUUAUGAAAUAUUUGUGAAUUUCAAGCCCAAGAUGGCUCAGAAGAGGAACUCAAGUGGGCAGUCAUUCCCAUUGCUGCUGCUGCUUAUUGUUGUGGCUUUUGUUCAUUUGACUGUCUGUCCUUUCACAAAAGUGGAGGAAAGCUUUAACCUACAAGCUAUCCAUGAUGUGGUAUACCACCAACUGGACUUGGAUAAGUAUGACCAUCAUGAAUUUCCUGGAGUUGUCCCAAGAACGUUCCUUGGACCAAUUUUUAUUGCUGCCCUUUCCAGCCCAGCUAUAUAUGUACUUUCUGUGCUAAAAAUGUCCAAGUUUUACUCCCAGCUGAUAGUCCGAGGAAGCUUGGGUCUCAGUGUGAUUUACACGUUAUGGAAGCUGCAGAAAGAAGUUAGAAAACAGUUUGGAGCAACUACAGCAUCAAUUUUCUGUCUCAUCACUGUCACUCAGUUUCAUUUGAUGUUUUACUGUACACGAACCCUCCCUAAUGUGUUUGCACUUCCUUUUGUGCUCCUGGCAUUGACAUUUUGGAUACAGCAAAAGCAAAGGCCAUUCAUUUGGUUCUCAGCUUUGGCGAUUAUAGUCUUCAGAUCAGAGCUCUGCAUAUUCUUAGGCCUCAUGCUCCUGGUGACUUUAUUAACUAAAAGAAUCUCCAUUUUCAAAGUCCUUUCCCAUGCUGUUCCUGCUGGAAUUUUUUGGCUGGGGCUAACAGUUGCUGUGGAUUCUCUAUUUUGGAGGCAACUUGUGUGGCCUGAGGGGAAAGUGCUCUGGUAUAACACAGUUUUAAACAAAAGUUCCAACUGGGGUACCUCUCCCUUCUUGUGGUAUUUCUAUUCAGCCCUGCCUCGUGCUUUGGGAUGCAGCAUUGUAUUUGUUCCUUUAGGUGUAACAGAAAAGAGAACUCGGAUUUUACUUUUGCCAGCACUGGGCUUUAUUUUCUUGUAUUCGUUUCUCCCCCACAAAGAGCUGCGUUUUAUCAUAUAUACUUUCCCUGUCUUCAACAUAGUGGCUGCUAAAAUGUGCUCACGAAUUCUGAAUAACUACCGGAGAUCCUGGCUCUACAAACUUGGAUCUUUCUUUGUUAUCAUGCAUCUUCUAGUUAAUGCUGCUUAUUCAGGAACAUCUUUAUAUGUUUCACAUUUCAAUUAUCCUGGAGGAGUGGCAAUUCAGAAGUUGCAUGAGUUGGUACCUUCAACAGCAGAUGUCUCUGUUCAUAUUGAUGUGGCUGCAGCACAAACGGGAGUUUCUCGGUUUCUAGAAAUCAAUUCUGAUUGGAGGUAUGACAAAAGGGAGGAUGUUAAACCAGGAGACCAGUUGAUGUUUUCUUACACGCAUAUACUGAUGGAAACAAACCCUCUUCAAAUAUCACAUUACAAGACAACCCACAGGCCACUGGCAAAUAUACCUGGAAUCAGUAAAAUUGGGUUGAACCUUACUGCACUACCUCCAUUUACUUUAAACUUGAAACCAAAACUAGUACUGUUGGAAAAACUUCCUCUAUCAUCUUGACUGUGAAUUUUAAGUCUCUUGAUGUGAUUUUGCUGAUGACUGAACUGUAUAAGACAGCAGCAAAUUGUCAUUCCGGCACUGCAACUCAGCUUCUGUGGAAAGGCACAGAAAAUCCUUGUACUAAUUGGUAUUUAGCUCUGUCUGUUUCUUACAUAAAUAUUACAGUGUAUUCUUAGUAUAUACUCAGUAUACUGAGUUGUAUUGUUAAAUAUGUUUGAGAGAGUUACCUCCAAGUUUAGUGAUAUUAAGUAAAAACUGUCUACUUAGUUUGGGUAGCUGUUUCACAGCGCAGGCAUGUCCUAAUUGUCCUAUUUAAAAUACAUAAUGGAACAGGUUUGUGCUAUGGCAAUAAUUUGGUCUGUAAUCUGUGUGUGCAAAGAUGUAUUACUUAAUGUAUCUGCAGGAUUGUAACUCCCUCAGCUGUCAGAGUGCCUGUGUGAAACCUAAUGACGUUAUCAACAUACGAAAGCCAUAUUCAUUGUUAGCUUCAUCAUAACACCUAAUAAUGCCCUGUAGGCUACCAAACUAAUUAAAGUGAAAGAUUCACUUAAAAAGCAGUUGGACCUCUAGACAAACCCUGUCUCAUAACAGAUUUGAGUAUUAAGGAUGAUUAUCUUCCAACAGAUCAUGAAAAAGCAGCAACUUUGAUUUCACAGGAAAAAGCAUUUUUAAAAUAAGGUUUCCCCUCUUCUGCUGUAAUGAUAUUAUCUUAAUUUGCAGUCCAAAAAUUUACCUUUGAAAAUAUUCACUUGAAUACACUUUGAGAUAGGUGCUGUUCUCCUUUUUUUACUAAGUAAUCCCUUUGGAAAGGAGUACUCUAACGUGCCAUGUGCUUCAUUCUGUAAACUAGAAUAAGAUUGCAUGCUCUGUAGUGUCUUCUUUAUUAGAUGUUUUUGUUAAGGAUGUCUGCCUAGGUUGCUAAAUGGAACAAGGGAAAAAAGAAUUCUGGUUAGGCCAGUUAUAAUAUGACAGGAGCUCCAUUAGUGUAAAAUAAGAGAAUUGCUGAAAUUAUCAUGGGCAGAAAACUGUUCCUUGCUGAAUGAAAACUUGAGUAAAAAACAAUUAUGGAAUAAAGUGGUUUGGUGGGG